UCAGUUAUUGUCCAACUGCCGUCAAGUUAAACUAAAAUUGUCCACUUUCUGUGUGCCGUGAGUAGAUUGAAAAAGCAGAAAAAAUUGAUAAAAUAAAACUCGAGUGCCAAUGCGUUAUGCUCUAACUGGGCCACUGAUAAGAACAAAUAUAACGUUAAGAUAGCUAGUUGGGUUGCAAUUCGAAAAAUAACUUUCGAAAACCCACAUAAUUAUGUUUGCCAAUGUGUGAAGUGAUUUUGGACACUCGGAUGCCACUGCACCAACUGGUCUGGCAUAUGGAUGAGUCAUCGAUCAGAUAGACGGAGGAACCCUUAACACCUGGCUUUCUUAUCUAUAAAUCGCAUAAACUAAAACAAACAAGAUGUCGCUUCUAACGGGCAGCGCCAAUGCUGUGAAGUAUACGCUUUUCGGAUUUAACUUAAUUUUUUUGAUCACUGGCAUUAUCUUGAUUGCCGUGGGAGCCGGAGUUGGCGCCGUCUAUACGGGCUAUAAGCUCUUCCUGGCCGGAAAGUUCUUCUCGAUCCCCACGUUCCUGAUCGUGAUUGGAUCGUUCAUCAUCAUAAUCUCUUUCUUUGGUUGCUGGGGUGCCCUGAAGGAGAACUAUUGCCUGGUGCUCAGCUUCUCGGUCAUGCUGGCCAUCAUCUUCAUCCUGGAGCUGGCUGCUGGCAUCAGUGGCUAUGUGCUGCGCAAUGACGCCUCCGAUUUGAUCAAAACUUCUCUGACUUACUCGCUGAACGAGUAUAACAGUAUCAAUCCAAAUGCGACCACGAAACUCUGGGAUGACAUCCAGGAUGAGUUCGAGUGCUGUGGUGUGACCUCAUACAACGACUGGAUCACCGCCUUCCCUAACGGCGACCUGCCCAUCUCCUGCUGCAACGUUCAUGUCGGCGCAGUGGGCACAUUCACCUGCAAUAAUGCUCAGUCCAGCGUGGCAGACCGGCACAAAGUUGGAUGCCUCGACGGAUUCUCCGGAUACAUUUCCGCCCAUGCGGUCAGCCUAGGAGCUGCAGGGGUGGUCAUUGCCAUCCUCCAGUUCUUUGGCGUAAUCUUUGCCUGCUACAUUGCACGUGAGAUUAAAAUCCGUAAUGGAAUUACUGGUUUUAUGUAGGUCCGGAGGAAAUCGAUUCUGUAGGAUGAGAUGAGCUAGAUAAGAAUGGUGCCGAUAUUUACUUUAAAUUCAAUGAUGUUCUUGGACAUAUACUGACAUUUACCCUUGCUUGUAAAAAUAAAUAAAUAUAUUUCUAAAC